AUGAGUGGCAUCAAGUCCGCCCGCGGUGUCCCGUCGCCGGAGUACCUCCGCCUGUACCAACGGUGGGGCGAGGGAGAUAUCGGCAUCAUCGUCUCCGGCAACACGAUGGUGCGCUACGACGCCGUCGAAGCAUACGGUAACCCUAUCAUCGUGGACGACCACGACGGUCGCGUGGCAAAAUUCAAGGAAGUCACUUCGGUGGCCAAAGCCCAGGGUUCGUUAGUCGUCGCGCAGCUCUCCCAUCCGGGCCGACAGGGGACCAAGUAUUUGAACCCGAACCCCAUCAGCGCGAGUGACGUGCAUUUGACGAUUAAAUGGGCGGGCAACGAGUUCGCGAAGCCCCGACCCAUGACGGUGCCGGAGAUCAAGGAGAUGGUGAGGACUUGGGGCGAGAGCGCGUAUCUAUGCUGGAAGGCCGGGUUUGAUGGCGUUCAAGUCCAUUGCGCGCAUGGCUACCUGCUCGCGCAAUUCCUCAGCCCUACCACGAACCGACGCACGGACGAGUAUGGCGGAGACCUGAACAACCGGUCACGCAUUGUGUUUGAGAUCAUCGACGAGAUCCACCGGCGAGUGCCCGAUCCGGGGUUCAUCGUCUGCGUGAAGCUGAAUAGCGUCGAGUUCCAGGACAAGGGCACCACGCCCGAGGAUGCACGCGAUCUAUGCCUCAAACUCGAAGAAGCGAGGGUGGACUUUGUGGACCUGAGCGGAGGAACGUUCGAGGGGCGGGCCUUCGAACACAAGAAACAGAGCACGAUUGCACGAGAGGCUUAUUUUAUCGAAUUCGCGGAAAUGAUUCGGCCGCUGCUGAAGAAGACCAAGGUAUACGUGACUGGUGGGCUUCGCACGGCUGCGGGCAUGGUCAAAGCCAUCGAGGAGGGCGCUUGUGAUGGGAUAGGUAUUGGUAGGCCCUUGGCCGCAGAACCCUACCUUGUCAAGGAGAUCCUGGAGGGAAAGGUCACUGGUGCGAUUGAGAAUUAUGUGCCGCUGCCGUUGAACACGCAGAGCAGUGGCACACAGCUGCAUCAGAUUGGGCAUGGAGACGAGUUGAUUAGUGAUUGGUCUGUGGAGGCCGAGGUGAAGAGGUGGAUUGAAGCGCACGAGAAGGAAACAGAGAGGAAGCUCAGCAUCUUGCCGAAGGUGGAUAGCUCGGGAUAUGCGCCAUUGAAGGCUGAAGCUGGGUUUGCGUAUUUGGCGGCUUGA